AUGCCAAAGUAACACAGUUGGGCAAGCGUGGUCUCGCAUACGCAUCUGUUACACAAGAUAUCACUGGAUGCUCCACCGAAAUAGACCAUUAUCUGGCGGAUUAUUCGGUUGUGUUCUACUCUCUCAAGAUUGUUUGCAUGCACUCACCAUUCCGCUUUAUUAGUUGUCAUCUCAAAUGCAAAAUCGACACGACAUGGACGAAGUGUUGGCAAUUCUACGGAGGCAGCAGGAUUCUGUGGGACCCACUUCCAUGCAGUUAACCGCACUUGGUUGUGUGAAAAUAGUAGACGCAACAGGCUAUGAACAUCCAAUAUCAGUGACCUUUUGCACCUCAUUUCAGCAACUCAAUGAUAUGCUCCAGGUUCUGUUCAAAUCAGAGUCGAUCGAAGCUCGAAUUCAGAGACGGUAUAUGGAGCAAGGACAAUACGAUUUAUGCAUUGACGACGACAAACAAGUAACCCGACUUACAAGCCAUAAAUGGCCAAGAAUCGAAGCAGGCACAACGAUCGUCAUGAGGGUCAUCCUUGAACAAGAGACACGGCCGAAAGUUGAAUACCAAUGUCACUUUUGUGGCGCUGUCAAUCGCAUUGGCGCGGAGCAUUCACUCCAACGUCAGGCUGGUUGCUCGAUCAAUUGCCGAGUAUGCAAACGACGAUUUCAGAUCUCCCGCGGAAAAAGUUCAAAGCGGAAAACACGAUCCUGCAUUGACUACAUUCCCGGAACUGAAGCAGAGACGCACCUUAUUCGCAACUUUCAUGUCCAGCAAACGGUAUGUUACCAUGAAACUUCGCUAACAAUGUUGAACUGAAAGUGCAACAACCCUAACCCUAACCUGUAUGGUGAUGGUGCUCUGGUGGCA